CACCAUGGCGAGCCCACUGCCCCUCGUCCUGCUCAGCGCCUCCCUGGCCGGCCUCCUGCUGCCCGGGGGAAGCGUGUUCCUCAGCCGGGAGCGGGCCAACCACGUGCUGGUGAGGGCCAGGAGGGCGAACUCAUUUUUAGAAGAGCUCAAGAAAGGAAACCUAGAGAGAGAGUGCCUGGAAGAGAUGUGCUCCUACGAGGAGGCCCGGGAAGUCUUCGAGGACAAGGAGAGGACGAAUGAAUUCUGGAAUAAACACACAGAUGGCGACCAGUGUGAAAGCAAUCCUUGUCAGAAUCAGGGCAAAUGUAAAGACGGCCUCGGAGAAUACGUAUGCGCCUGUUUGGAAGGAUUUGAAGGCAAAAACUGUGAAUUACUCACACGGAAACUCUGCAGCCUGGACAACGGGGACUGUGACCAGUUCUGUCAUGAAGAGCAGAACUCUGUGGUGUGUUCCUGUGCCAGUGGGUACACCCUGGGGGACGACGGCAAGUCCUGUGUCUCCACAGAACUCUUCCCCUGUGGGAAAAUGACCAUGGGGCGCAGGAAGAGGUCAGUGGCCCAGGACACCAGCAGCCCUCUGGAAACUGCCAUGCUGGAGCAGUACGACCCAGGCGACCUGGCCCCCACCGAGAACCCUUUCAACCUGCUUGACAUCAACCAGACGUACCCCGAGGAGUACACCAACGACAACACCCGCAUCGUGGGCGGCCGGGAAUGCAAAGACGGGGAGUGUCCCUGGCAGGCUCUUCUCGUCAACGAGGAGAAUGAAGGCUUCUGCGGAGGCACCAUCCUGAACGAGUUCCACGUCCUCACCGCGGCCCACUGUCUACACCACGCCAAGAGAUUCAAGGUGAGGGUAGGGGACCGGAACACGGAGGAGGAGGAAGGCAAUGAGACCGAGCACGAGGUGGAGAUGAUCAUCAAGCACAACAAAUUCGUGCGGGAGACAUACGACUUCGACAUCGCCAUGCUCAGGCUGAAGACGCCCAUCACCUUCCGCAUGAACGUGGCCCCGGCCUGCCUGCCCGAGAAGGACUGGGCGGAGGCCACGCUGAUGACACAGAAGACGGGCAUCGUGAGCGGGUUCGGGCGCACGCACGAGAAGAGCCGCCUGUCCACCACCCUCAAGAUGCUGGCGGUGCCCUACGUGGACCGCAACACCUGCAAGCUGUCCAGCAGCUUCACCAUCACCCAGAACAUGUUCUGUGCCGGCUACGACACCGCGCCCCAGGAUGCCUGCCAGGGGGACAGCGGCGGCCCCCACGUCACCCCCUUCAAGGACACCUACUUUGUGACAGGCAUCGUCAGCUGGGGGGAGGGGUGUGCCAGGAAAGGGAAGUAUGGGGUCUACACCAAGGUGACAGCCUUCCUCAAGUGGAUCGAUAGGUCCAUGAAAGCCAGGGGGCCGCCUCCUGAGUCCCCACUUCCUCCCCAUUAAAGCAGCACCACCCUCAG